ACUAGGAUAUGAAGGAAUCACAGAAGAGGGAUAGACUGAAGGAGGAGGGAGCCUGCCAGUUACAGUUCCAAGUCAUCUGACAUCAUAAUUUCCUUUCUCAUUUCCUUAAAGAGUCAGAGACAGACAGAGAACAGUAGAAGAAGGUAGGCUGCUGGAGCAGUGCACUGUAUCUGGACAUUUUACAUCUGGACUUCCUGAGGAAGAAUGGCUACAUUGCCUACAAGCGAUUCUGCUAAUUUCAGCACAGUGUCUACAUUUGGAGACCAAAACAACUCUACGGACAAGUGUCCUCCAGCAGUAUUCAAAGAAUGGCAGUCGACUGUGGUCCCGGCCUGUAUGCUGCUGAUCAGUGUGCUGGGAAUCGUGAUGAAUUUGUUUGUCCUUACGGUUUUCUGCUUUCACAAGAAAGCGUGCACCGUGGCUGAGAUCUACUUGAGCAACCUGGCUGCUGCUGACCUUUUCUUGAUGGUAUGUUUGCCUUUGUGGGCUGCGAACGCAAUCAACAGAUAUGACUGGCCCUUUUCUCAUCACCUGUGCUCACUGUUCCCCCUUUCCAUCAACAUGAACGCCUACUGCAGCAUCUACUUCCUCGUUCUGAUCAGCAUAGAUCGCUAUAUUGCACUGGUGCACCCGCUGUCCCAUAAAAGAAUAAGUAGGCCAAAAUUUGCCAAACUAGGCUGUCUGCUUGUAUGGGGUUUUGGCUUGCUCAUGAGCAUCCCCACCCUCGUGUACAGGAAAGUGGCCUACAAAUCUCGAUAUAAUAAAAGCAUAUGCUUUCUUGAUUAUAGUGUCAAGGAAGAGCUCCUGUUUGAUGGGAUGCAGAAUACAUUCGGCUUUAUCAUACCCAUUUGCAUGAUUUCCUACUGCACUCUCGUUAUUAUCCACUCUCUGAAUAAACGGUUGAUUGAACGGUCAAAAAGCAAAAAAACGGAGCAGAAGGCUACCACUCUGGUGCUGGUGGUCCUCUUGGUGUUUGUGAUUUGCUGGGUGCCACACCACGUGGUAUUGAUACUGAAAACACUCAUAAAAGCUAAUGUCCUGAGAGAAUGUAGCUUCAUCGCCAACAUGGAGAUCUGCAGCACAGUCUUCAUGAACUUAGCUUUCUUCAACAGUGUUCUCAACCCCAUCCUCUACGUCAUUGUAGGAAAGAACUUCAGGAAAAAAGUCAGAGGUCUCUUCAAGCAAUGGAGCAAUAACAGAACCCUGAUCAUCCGCAACACCUCAACACACUUAAGCCUGUUCAGAAGUGUUAAACCAACUGUUACAACUGAAGACAACACAAUCUGAUCUGCAGGAUUGUUUUUGUUUUGUUUUACAAUUUCACAAAAGUAAGAUAAGAAAACUAUUUGAUGUAAUAAUUAUGUCAUCUGAAUUCACAUUAAAUAAGACCCUGCUCAAUAUUUUGAGGUUUGAACUGCCUCUUUGAUUGUUUUGCUUUGCAUGGGACAAUCCAAAACCGUUGAAGACUGAAAGUGGAGGGAGGUCUUCAGAGGAACGGGAUUCAGCCUUUCUUAAUACUGUCCUGAACCCAUGUCUUCUCUGGACAGGCAGCACUUCAGGAGGAAAGUUAGAGAGAAGGAGGGCCAGACAUCAUCACAGGCGAUUGCACACGGCCAGACAUUAACACUCCUCACUGAUCAUUUCAACAGACUAGAGGAAAUCAGAAGCGAGAACAUUUUUAAUACAUGGGAGAAGAUUUACCAUAUAUGCCAUUCUAACACUUAUGCCCUAAUUGUUGUUUCGUUGGAAAUACAUUUAGACUUAAUACAAUAA